AUGAGCGCCUUGAUCAGGAAUCUGCGCCCCGCGCUGUCCGGGCUACUCCGGCCCAAGCCCGCCGCCCGAACGACUGUUCCGCCGCCGCCGACCGCCAGGCGCUACUACCACGCGCCUUCAACGCGGCGAUCUCACGAGGCCCUGAAAUCGCCCGGCCGUGACUCUCUCGUCCGUCGACCACCGCCGUCGCCGCAGGCACCAGCGGUCCCACGCCCACGGUACUACUCCUCCAGGCGACCAAGAAGUUCUAACGAGGUGAAAGUCCAGAUAGUCAUCGCGGGGGUCGUCAUCGUCGGCGGUGUGGUGGUAACCAUCUGCUACGGCACCUUCGAGACCGUGCCCUACACAAACCGCCGCCACUUCGUCGUCCUCACGCACUCGGGAGAGCUUGAGCUCGGCGAGUCGCAGUUCAACAACGAGAAGAAGGAGCUGGGCGACAAGGUCCUCGCUCCCUCCCACCCUGAUUUCGUCCGUGUCAACAGCAUCGCCGCGGAGAUCAUCCGCGCCGCCCGACGCAGCCUCGCCGGCCACGAGGACGAUAAGCUCCUUGACGGAGAAACAUGCGCCGGCGACGCGGCGCUGAGCCCGAAGAAGAAGGCUCCACUUGGAGCGUCGCAGGCAAUGAUCAAGCAUCUCGACGGGUUCAAGUGGGAGGUGAUCGUGGUCGACAAUAAGCAAGUGAAUGCCAUGUGCGCACCCGGUGGCAAGAUCAUAGUCUACACCGGCCUGCUCGACAAGUUCAACACCGACGCUGAGAUCGCCGCGGUGCUAGGCCACGAGGUUGCGCACGCCAUUGCAAGGCACGCCGCAGAGAAGCUCACCAAGCACAUGUGGAUUUUCAUGCUCACGGUUUUCCUGCUCAUCUUUAUCGAUGCGCCGGACCUUAUUGAUAAGCUGACCGAAUACCUCCUCAGCCUGCCUUUCUCACGAAAGAUGGAGAUAGAGGCGGAUCACAUUGGAAUCAUGCUGCUCGCUUCCGCUGGUUUUGAUCCACGCAUUGCCCCUAAGGUCUACGAGAAGCUCGGAAAGGUCGGUGGGAAUUCAUCACCGUUGAAAGAGUACAUGUCUACUCAUCCUUGCAGCAAGAAAAGAACGCAGCUUCUAUUGGAUGCCAAGGUCAUGGACAAGGCCAUGGCGUUAUAUACAGAAGGGAGGGAUUAG